CGAAAAACUCUAAAAAUAAAACCCCUCCACUACCAUCCCUCUCUUCUUCUUUCCCCUUCCCAUGGAGUCGUGUAGCUUCCGCACCGCCACCGCGCCUUCUCCCUUCCCUUCGGCGCCCUCUUCCCCCCCUCGCGUCCCAUGCUCCGGUCUUCGGUUUCCGAGACCAAGAAACGGGAGGCAGGUUAGGUUGCGAAGGAGGGCGUCCGGAUUUGAUGCCUUCCCGCCCCUCCCCGGCAAGGUCUUCGUCGAUGAGGCAAUCGGAGCUGAAUAUGGGGAGGGCUUUGAAACAUUUCGGAUGGAUGGACCACUCAAGGUCGAUGUGGAUUACCUGAAUGAAAAAUUGCAAGAAUGCUUCCUUCAAAGGAUAAGGCAUGCUAUGAAGCCGGAUGAGGCGUUUGGUCUGAUUUUCUCAUGGGACAAUGUCAUUGCUGAUACAGACUCACUAAAGUUGGAUGCUUGGAGACAGCUUGCUUUGGAGGAAGGGAAGGAUAUCCCUAGUGCUGCUCAUGUUCGAAAGAGUAUUCUUCAUGGUGCUGCUGACCAUGUUCUUAGAAAGGUUUUGUAUUGGGCAAAAGAGGAAGAUCAAAUGGAAAAAUUGAAGGCGCGCCUUAUAGAGUUGUACUACGAAAACCUCUUCAAACUUGAUACACCAGUAGAAGGAUUGAGAGAAUGGCUGGAUGCAGUUCAGACAGCAGGGAUCCCUUGUGCUGUUGCAUCAUCCCUGGACAGGAGAUGCAUGGUCGAAGCUUUGGAUCGGAUGGCACUAAGUAAAUAUUUCAAGGCGAUUGUGACUGAUGAAGAUGAUAUGGAAUCUAUAGCACAUAGGUUUCUGUCUGCUGCCAUGAAGUUGGAUCGUAAGCCCUCAAAGUGUGUGGUGUUCGAGGACGAUCCAAGGGGAGUCACAGCUGCUCACAACUGUACUAUGAUGGCAGUUGCACUGAUUGGUGCUAAUCCUGCGUAUGAGUUGGUACAGGCCGACCUUGCCGUCGCAAAAUACAGCGAGCUCUCAGUGAUCAACCUCAGAAGGCUGUUUGCAAACAAGGGGAUAAGCUUCAUGGACUUGCAGAAGCAGAUAACCGAGAGGUCACCUCCCAAGAGGAGGCUGACAGUAGACACCAUCUUCUGAUUAGUUAUUUCCUUCCGAUCCCGCCUAUUCUUGAAUAGCCAGCCACAUUUGCCUUUGCACCGUGGCGUUGUAUAUAAGAUAGUGCUGAUGUUAGAUGAUCUAUUGUGCACCUUGGUUCGUGUCCAGGUAACAUGAAGAGAAACUGCUGCAACAAUACUGCUUUUGUUGCAAGCUGACAUUACCCAAUUUAUUCAUCGAUGUCUAGUUUCAGAAUGAGAAAAUGGCAUGUUAAAAGAGA